UCAAAUGCGCUUUGACAAGACGUAAUGCGCGCGGACCGUGUCAGUCCCGCAGAUCCGCCGAACGACAAUGAGGAAAAGAACACAGUGGAUUUCCUGCGUAAUACCAACAAGUAGCAUCUGCAAAUAUUUCAAGGCAGAUUAUUGCAGGCUAACAGGCUAAUAAGAAGAUAAGAGCAUUUCAGUCGGAUUGUGCGUUUGAUCUACAUGUCAACUCACCUGCGAUCAUCAACAUAAUACGAGUGUUUCUUGCAUUUCCAGCCCUUUAUGAUCCACCUUAUUGAGACUAUGGAUGAGGCAUCGCCGCCAUCUCUGACCGAUCUGUGCAUGACUCUGGUGAGCUCCAGACUGGAGCUCUUCUGUGAGAAGCGUGAUGAUGGCUCUCUGUCCUUCCGAGAGCCUCUGGUAUUCCCGCAGGAGCUGGCCGACCAACUGCUUUGCAAGAUGGCAACUGAGGGGCUACUUAACGACAGUACGGUGGGAAUCUUCCGAAGCUACAAGCAGUUUCGGCUGCGUCAUGCCUGCAUCCGCACCGCCCGCAUCUCCGCAGAGGCUUUCCAUCGCGCCCUCUGCCCCCACCGCCUCGUGGAGCUGGACGCCUCACGGGUCAAUGCCGACCUCACCAUUGCCGACAUCCUUCGGGGCCUCUCGUCCAGUAAAAUCCUGCAGGACAGCCUGCAGCGGCUUGUCCUUAACGGCCUGACCAUGUACUCUCUGGAGGAACCCAGCCGACGAUGCUUCAGUGCCAUGCAGGGGCUUCGGGCACUCUGCGUGUCCAACGUCGACUUCUACGACUCCAGCUUGGUGGACGUGUGCUCUCUGCCUCAUCUGGAGAGUUUGGAUAUCUCCAACACCUCAGUGACGAAUCUGACCCCGCUCCUGGGAUUGAGGAACAGGCUACGCUACCUCACGAUGCACCAGCUCAAGAGGCUGGAGAUGACCACAGCUCAACUGCUAGCUGUGCUGAGCCAGCUGGAGGGAUUACAGCACCUUGAUAUCUCGGACGAUAAGCAGUUCACAUCUGACGUGGCACGGCAGCUGCUGGAGACUCCUGGUAUUCUGCCCCAGCUGGUGUCUCUGGACGUAUCGGGCCGCAAGCAGGUGACGGACGCGACUGUCAGGGCUUUCGUGGAGGCAAGACCGAGCAUGACCUUUGUCGGUCUGCUGGCCACUGAUGCCGGAUUCUCUGAAUUCUUGUCUGGAGAGGGCAGCUUAAAGGUGACCGGGGAGGCCAAUGAAGUGCAGAUCUGCGAGGCAUUGAGGAGGUACAGUGAGAGAGAGGGGUUUGUCAGAGAGGCACUAUUCCACCUGUUCAGCCUCACUCACACCAUAGAGAAACCACGACCUGACAUCCUGAAGUUGGUAGCAUUGGGGAUGAAGAAUCAUCCAGCCACUUUGAAUGUUCAGCUGGCAGCAAGUGCUUGUUUGUUUAACCUCACCAAACAGGAUCUGGCCUUUGGAAUCCCUGUGCGACUUUUGGGGAAAGUCACGCAGCUCUUACUAGAAGCCAUGAAGACCUUCCCCAACCACCAACAGUUGCAGAAGAACUGCCUGCUCUCUCUCUGUAGUGAUCGAAUCCUGCAGGAGGUUCCAUUCAACAGGUUUGAAGCUGCCAAGCUGGUAAUGCAGUGGCUGUGUAAUCAUGAAGACCAGAACAUGCAGCGGAUGGCCGUAGCUAUUAUAUCCAUCCUCGCUGCUAAGUUGUCAACUGAGCAAACCGCACAUUUGGGAGCAGAGCUCUUUAUCGUAAAGCAACUUCUUCACAUUGUGCGGCAGAAGACGUGUCAGGUGGUGAUUGAUGCCACGUUAAAGUUUACACUCAGUGCUCUGUGGAACCUCACGGAUGAGUCUCCCACCACCUGCAGACACUUCAUAGAGAAUCAGGGACUGGAGCUCUUCAUCAAAGUACUGGAGUCCUUUCCAUCAGAUUCCUCCAUUCAACAGAAGGUCCUGGGUUUACUGAAAAGGAGGAACGAGUCGAAAUACAUUUUUGUGAAUAAUAUCGCUGAGGUGAGGGAGCUGCAUGGGGAGCUGAUGGUGCAAAGUUUUCUGGAUCAUAUCCGCUCUCUGCUGAACAGUUCGGAGGUGGAGGUCAGUUAUUUCGCCGGAGGCAUCCUGGCCCACCUCACCUCACGAGGAGAAAAAGUGUGGACCCUUGAUCUGACCCUCAGAACCACUUUACUGGAGCAACUGCAUUCAGUGAUUCUGAAGUGGCCAACGCCGGAAUGUGAGAUGGUAGCGUACAGGUCAUUCAACCCUUUUUUCCCAUUACUGAAGUGCUUUCAGACCCCAGGAGUUCAGUUAUGGGCUGCAUGGGCCAUGCAGCAUGUCUGCAGUAAAAAUGCCAGGCGGUACUGCAGCAUGCUACUGGAGGAGGGAGGACUGCAGCAGCUAGAGGCCGUGAGGUCUCAUCCUGAAACACACGGCGACGUACGCCGAUUGGCUGACAGCAUCCUAGACAGUUUACAUCAUCAUAGGACACGCACAGGGUAUACAGGGCCGCCCAAAAUGCACACACAUAGAGAGAAAAACGUUCCAUGACACAACUCACUCUCUUCUGGUCUCUGAAAAGGAUGCAACAAAUAAAACUGGAAGCUUUUUGUAUGUGUAUUUGUUCACUCAUGCCCUUCCUGUACCGAGGAUUAUGCGAAUGUGUCACUUUGCAUCUGUUUGCACAUGCUGGAAUCCGUUAUUUAUUUGACAUAAGAAUAAGAAAUAUGUCUGUCUCUGUGACCUGAGAAAAUGUUUAUUUAGAUGGGCAGCAGCUAAGACUGUGUGUUUGUGUUAAAAUAUGAGACUCGGAGUAUGUGUGUUUAAAUGUGUGUGCAUGUCUGCAUGUGUGCUAAGAGCAUGUGCAUCAGAAUGCUUUGUAAGCCUAUUUACAGUAGAUUUGUUUGGAUGCAACCCCAUUGGAAUUAAGUUUAUAUGACAGAUUUCUGUCCCACUGGACAUAAAAGGCAAUACAUGUACUGAACAUAGCGAAAUACUUGAGCAUAUAUUAAGGUCUGUCUUAGUGACGUUCAAUGUGGAAUAUGUUAAAAGUGUGUGUGUGAGAGAGAGCGCGAGAGAAACGGAUACAAAUUAUGUGAUCUGGGUGUGUGCACGAGAGAUAACAACUUAUCAUUUUUGUAUACUACUUGUCAAUGCAUUGGACAGCAUGGUCUGAGCUUUUGGGAUGAUGUAUAUUUUUAUAUACUGUACUGUGUAUAUCGACUGCGGGAGAUGAUAGUGUUAUAAUGGUCCAUGCGUUGUGUUGCACGCAAACAAUUACAAUUUAAGUUUGUUUCAAAAACGGUACAAAAUAGACUCAACUCAAAAGUUUGGAUGGAUUAUUUGAAGAUUCCUCAACAACCCUGAGCUUUUCAAAAGCUGAAAUGAUCCAUGAAAUGGUCUGAGAUUAAUAAAAUCAAAGCUUUCGCCUUCAGACUUUCUUUAUUGCUCAGCACCGUUGAGGCAAAGCAGGAACUUGUCUAUAAAUGGAUUGUUGCCUCGAGUCGUAAAUCACUUGGAGAAAUCAAGCGGCAAACUGUGACUGAAGGCGUAAAACAAUGCAGACAAACAACACCUUGGAAAAAAGUAAAGAAGAAUUGGUGUGCUGGUGAUUUGCCCUGUUCAAGUCACGGGAAUUGCCUUCUAGCUAAAAUAUAUACAAUAAACUUCAAAAAAAUUAUUUAAUUUAACACCAAUCAACUGUAAACGGACAAGUUCAACUUGUUUCAGCUUGAUUGAAAAAGUUGCAAUUUAAAAAUGAAACUUUGUUCCAUUUGUAUGCCAGUGAACUAUUGAAGCUGUUUUAUAUUUAAAUAUUAUUUUAUUUCUGUGAAUGUGUAUGCUUUUCUGGGGUACUGGGUCUUGUAUUACGAUGAGAUACCUGCAACAUGUGUGCUUUGUUCCAGAAGGACUUAUCUGAGUCUAGACGUUUAAAUUUGGAAAGAAAUCCUCAUUUUCUUGCCAAUGCACUAGGAGAGUUUAACAUCAAAUUAAAUGUCAAUUAUUGAUCUGCCACUUGUUUAAACAGACCAAAUGACUCCAGGUUCACCAAACUCUCAUGUAAAUGGCCGUCUGUAAAGAUGUAUUUUUGUUCUGUGCAGUACUAGUUAUCUUUCUCACUCAGAUUGUGGAAUGAGCAGCAAAACCAGAUUAAGUUACAGUGUCAUACUGCUGCUCAUAUUCCAAUUUAUGCAAAAUCAUCUUUUGGGGAAUAAAGAAUGUAAAA